AUGAAGCUAGGCGGCCGCUACGACGUCAGCAGCGAGGUCGACGGCAUGCGCUCGCCGCUGGACGGCCUGGAGUUCCACGUCGACGACGCGGUCGAGCUCCCGCAAUUUCGCCGGCUCGUGGCCGUCGAUCUUGUCGACGUGCACCGGCUGCCGGUGUGGCUCGUCGGUGCCAGCAAGACGGGCAUUUUCAGCGUGUACACGGCGAAUAAGGACUCCGAGGCCAUGUUCCAGGAGAUCAUGGUGUACUGCGACUUUGAACGCGGCGAGAUUAUCGGGUUUUUGCUGGAAACGGAUCAGAGCCAGCGGUACGUCGUGUUGUAUCCACGGCUCGAGGAGGAUCACGUGGAGAUCAAGGGCGUGGUGCUGGAUCUGGAUAACGAGUUUGUGCGCCGCGCUGAACGGCUUGCUACAACAGCAAUUGGUUGCGAGGUGCCCAGUGACAGCGCCGCAAUUAUCGAAUCGUCGCGUCUGCGACGGGAAAAUAGCGUCUUGGACACUUAUUUGCAGAAACGCAACAGUCAGCUGCCGCAGGUGCCCCGGCUUACGCGGGCGCCGCGCGAGCACAACGUGGGGGAAAAAUUCAACCGGACGGUGGAGCGGCUGGCCGCGCGCGAGGUGCGCCGUCUGGGGCUGCAAUCGCGGCUCAGUAAGGACGAGUGCAAAGAGCUCUACGGGAUUGCGCUGAAGUCGGCACGGUUCCUGUUCCGACGGCAGCUCCGCCAGCAGCAGGAGCCCGCCGCAGACAAGCUGGCCAACGUUGUGCGCAACACAAUCCAGCUACAUCUGGAGGAGCUAUAG